ACUGGAGUUUUUCAACCUCAGGUUUCCUCAGCCAUGACACAAAACAACUGCGUGUGCAGCAUCCUCGAGAAUUACUAUGUGUCCUAAUGGAACUUAGGAUCGAGGGAGAAUCUGCUCAAACAUGAAGCUCAUGAGACUUGCUAGCCAGAGACUGAGGCCCAAAGCUUUGUUAAGGUGGUGCAGAAGAUGACUUCCCAGCCUGCUAACCAGGCAAGGUCUUUGAUGCUAAGUCCAGCAAUAAAGGGAGAAGUCCAGGAUUUUCUAGUUCUUUGCAGAAGAAUGAAGCCUCUGCUUGGGACCCUUUACCUCUUGGGGAUCCUGGCUCCUGAGGGGCUGGGAUAUGAUGGAUCCCUAGCACAAACCAGACGAGGGGUUUUGGAAGAGACAGUGAGCCCAUGGAGGAAUCUGGACACCUAUUCCUAUACCAAAUAUCACCCCAUGGAAGAGAUCUAUCAGUGGAUGGUCCAGAUAACUGAAAAGUACACUGGAGUGGUGACACAACAUUUCCUAGGAAUGACCUAUGAGACCCGGCCCAUGUAUUAUUUAAAGAUCAGCCAACCGUCCGCUAACCACAAGAAGAUCAUUUGGAUGGACUGUGGAAUUCAUGCCAGGGAAUGGAUUGCCCCAGCUUUUUGCCAAUGGUUUGUGAAAGAAAUUCUACAAAACUAUAAAGACAACCCAAGGAUAGGAAGGCUCCUUAGAAACCUGGACUUUUAUGUUCUUCCCGUUCUUAACAUUGAUGGUUAUAUCUAUACUUGGACGACUGACCGGCUUUGGAGGAAAUCCCGUUCAUCCCAUAAUAACGGCACAUGUUUUGGGACAGAUCUCAAUCGAAAUUUCAAUGUGGCCUGGUGUAGUAUCGGUGCCUCGAAAGACUGCCACCAUUUAACAUUCUGUGGGACAGGACCAGUAUCGGAACCGGAGACUAAGGCUGUUUCCAGCUUUGUAGAGAGCAAGAAGGAGAGCAUCGUGUGUUUCCUGACCAUGCACUCUUACGGGCAGCUCAUUCUCACACCUUAUGGCUACACUAAAAAUAAGUCCAGUAACCAUGAAGAGCUGAUCCAAGUUGGACAGAAGGCAGCAAAUGCAUUGAAAAAAAAGCAUGGAACCAAUUAUAGAGUUGGAUCGAGUGCAGAUAUUUUAUAUACCACAUCAGGGUCUUCAAGAGACUGGGCUCGGGACAUUGGGAUCCCCUUCUCAUACACGUUUGAACUGAGGGACAAUGGCACAUACGGAUUUAUUCUGCCAGCAUCUCAGAUACAGGCCACCUGCGAGGAGACCAUGGAGGCUGUGCUCUCGGUCCUGGAUGACGUCUAUGAGAAAUACUGGGACUCAGACAGUGCUGUGAAGAUGACAUCGACUGCUAUGGUGCUGGGCCUGCUGGUCUCCUUCAUGUCUGUUCUCUGAGUGUAUCCUACCCAGGCCUGCUCAGCCCCAGUCGUGCGAAUGUAGCUGCAGGGAAGGUGUUUGUCUGAAGUUAAAGAGAAAUCAGAUAAUUCAAAUAUAUUUUCUAUUUCAAUAAAGAUGAAUCAUGUUUGCA